AUGAUAGCAACUGUUGACAUCCGGCACAAAAAUCACUAUGAAAAGCCAUCUGAAAUCAAUCUAGAACAUUCUCUGAACAAAUUGCAUAGGGAUGGCGCCAUUGGUGCAGAGAAAGGAGGCGCGGGAGUAAAUUCAAGCGUUGUGGUUGGCCAGCGCUCAGGCCAGCUGUCGUCCACCGGUCACAAGUAUCUCCCUCUGAACACCAUUCUUGUCCCUGACUGUGUCAAUUCGUAUCCGCCUCCGGUCAUUGCCCUCAAGAUGCAUUUCACGUCGCUCGUUACCCUCCUCCCUGCCCUGGCCAUGGCCCAGGAGCAGAUUCCCCUCGUCGACCGCGUGCAGGGAUGGUUCAAUCAGGUCAAGUCCUAUGUGCCAACAGCAGCCCCCACUGUUGCCCCGAUCGAGAAGCUGGCCGUGAAAAUUAUUGAGAAGAGCGUCACCAACGUGUCUCUGGACAACUGGCAGUCCAUCCUUGCCCCGGGACCCCAGGCCGAGGACUGGUUGAUCUACACCACUGGUGGCAACAAGACCUGCUUUGGUCGCUGCGGACCUGCCGACAAGGCAUUCAAGGAAUCCGUCCUGUUGUUCUCAGCCGACCCUGUCUCACCUCAACUCGGAUACUUGGACUGCGAGGCAAACCAGGUCCUGUGUGCAGCCUGGUCCGCCAGCGCUCCCUCCGUCCAGUACUACCAGGUUCCCAAGGAGCCCUCUGCUGGCGAGGAGCGUGCCCCGACUCCUCUGCGCAACAUCUACCUGAACGCUACUACCGUCACUCCCGAAACCAUUUACGAGAUCCACUCCAAAAAGACCUACGAGAAGGUCCCCGUCUAUGAGGGCGCUCUCCACCCCGUUGACGGCUGGGUCGCCAAGUACCAGCUCAACAUCCCCAUGGGCUACGCUAUCUGGGCUCUUGGUGCUGUCCCCAGUUGGCUAUUUAUGAUUGGUAUCAGUUUCUUUAGCCGAACCAUGAUGAGCCGUCGCGCGGGUCCUAUUGGAAAUGCCCCUCGUGCUCCCGCAAACUAG